AUGCCGGACGCCCGCCAGGGUCCGCCGUCGUCACCAGCCCAGUCCCCGCGCGCAGAGGGGGAAGGACACCCCUGGAAAAGGGCCCGGCUGUUUGGCCACGCUUCAGCUUCAGGGAGCAGGUUCAGGCAGAAUAGCCUCCGAAUGACGCCGCGGGAUGGCUGCGAGGGUGGCGAGCGCACCGCGAGCUUCGCGGCAAGCAACCCGAGCGGCGGCGACCCACGCGAGCGCGACCAGAUCCCGCAUCUCGUCGGAACGUCACCGUCCACACCGACACCCGUGGCCCGCCGCGCCAGGGCCCAGGGAACGACCCCCGCGCGCCUGCGCCCGAUCGUCGAGCUCGAGCCUCGACCACUAUGUACAGCCCCCGACGGACGGGCGCAGUUGGCGGUGAAGCUGAGCCUCGCCGCACUCAGUACCAGCGACGAGGCCGGCGAGAUAGAGCGCGAGAUCCGCGCUGCUUCGGGGAUCGAGCAGGGAUCGGUGCAAGGCCCGGGGUCGCGCGGGCGGCGGAGGCUGUACAGGACAGUCGGUGCGAUCGACAUCUGGCGUAGCCAAUCUUUUACGCGAUGGAAGGCGGGCGCAAUACCUUUCCGGACGCGCGCGGGCGGAUGUGCCUGCCUCGUCGGGUGGCGAUGCGCCGUGUGCGGUGCCGUCGCUGGCGGCGAGCAGCGGCGCUGGUGCCGUGCUGCGUGA